ACUCGUUUAUUUUUUUUUCAGACUUAUUCAACGCCAAGGUACCUUCCUCACAGCCUUAAACUGAAGCUCCACCAGUGUACGAGUGCCAUCAGAAUCAAAUUCGGAGUAAAUGCAGUACACUCCACUUAGCCCAGGAGUGCAUCGUUGCUGUCAGGAAAUAAGGGGGCGAGUCGGACGAAUGCUGGGAAAGUUGUUUUGCUGUGAUUAAACCUCCAGAAAACCUCAUCAAUUCCGGGGACGUGCUGACUAAAAUUUUUUAAUUUUCAGUCAAUGAGGGUUUGGGCAUUUACAGUAGGAUACAGUAGUCGCCUCUUUGCUGCCGACCAGAGGACACAAAAGGAAAUGUAUGCAACAUGUAUUGAUGUGAAGAAGAGAUAAUGAAGACCGUGGCGCAGCCCAACGACGACGAACCUCUCCUGGAACAUUCUGAAAAAAGCGACACAGAAACGUCUCACACCAGUGCAGGAGAAACCACAACUCAGGACUCUAGUAUUAGCAAUGGCGAUGACAUGGACGAUAAGCAGGAGACAGUGGACUUGAAGAUUAUCUGGAACAAAAAUAAAUAUGAUCUGAAAAUUCCUGUCGAUAGCACCGGAGCCAAAUUAAAAGACAGGAUUCAUUCACUCACAGGUCUUCCGCCCGCAAUGCAGAAAGUAAUGUACAAAGGGUUACUUCCGGAGGACAAGACGCUACGUGAAAUAAAGAUUACAAGUGGUGCAAAAAUAAUGGUGGUAGGAUCAACAAUAAACGACGUAUUAGCUGUGAAUACACCCAAAGAGGUCUUUCAGGAGGAAGUUAAAGCCGAAGAAAACAAAAAGGAGCCUUUAUGCAGGCAAAAGCAACAUAGGAAAGUCCUGGACAAAGGUAAACCAGAAGAUGUGAUGCCAGCCAUUAAAGGAACAAAGGAACGAUUACCAACAGUGCCUUUAUCCGGAAUGUACAACAAGUCCGGAGGAAAAGUUAGACUCACUUUCAAACUAGAGCAGGAUCAGCUGUGGAUCGGAACGAAGGAGAGAACAGAGAAAGUUCCUAUGGGCUCCAUUAAAAAUGUAGUGUCAGAACCGCUUGAAGGCCACGAGGACUAUCACAUGAUGGCGUUUCAAUUGGGUCCGACGGAAGCCUCUCAAUAUUGGGUCUACUGGGUGCCCACACAGUUUGUGGAUGCAAUCAAAGACACAGUCCUUGGAAAAUGGCAGUAUUUCUAAUGUGCCUCUGUUUUGUUUUUUUGUUUUUUGAUGAACUGGGAUUGAAAAAAGAAGCCAAUGAUGAAACUGGAGUCGGUAUUAAACUUAAAAAGAACUAUUCAAAAUAGGUUCGAGGAAGCGGACGAAUGACUGUGGACUUAACAUCAUGCUUGUAGGUUUAAAGUGCACUAUGUGGCAGCAACGUAACAUUUCUCAGCCCCGUUGAUCAUUUAAGGUUUGCGGCAAAUCCAAGGGAAAGCGGUAAAUCAGUUGUACAGAAAUGGCUAACAAUUUUCUUCAGUUAUUCUUAAAGAAAUAAAACUUAUUUAAUAAAAUAAAA